UUCCUUCUGGGAAAGCGCCUUCAAUCAUGUUAUAUGCCUAUAAAUUUUUAUAGCCUCCAAGAGUUUUCCACACCCCCACACGCAAAAAAUACACAUCUCUGGUAUUUAAUUGCUUUCGUUAAUUACCUUGUUCAAAUUCGGUUCUCAUGGGAAACAUUGUUCGAACUCUGUUUGUACAACAGCCUUCUACCUUGGCUUCUACUUCUUCUACUCCUCCCGAUCAGUGCAAGACAUGGGAUGCUUUCAUUAGUUUUAGAGGCAAAGAUAUCCGUCAGGGUUUUGUCUCCCAUCUCCAUGAUGCAUUGCUGCGAAAACAGAUCAAUGCCUUCUUGGAUAAGAACCUUGAUAAAGGACAAGAGAUCUCAAGUUCUCUCUUGGAAACAAUUGAAAAAUCAUACAUCUCAGUAGUGAUUUUCUCUGAAAAUUAUGCAGAUUCCCCAUGGUGUUUGGAUGAGCUUGUGAAGAUACUUGAAUGCAAGAAAACAUCAGGACAAAUGGUCCUACCAAUUUUUUAUCAUGUAGAUCCAGCUGAUGUUCAAGAAUUGAGAGGGAAGUUUGGGAAGGCAUUUCGUAAACAUAAAAAAGAUGUAAAAAAGGAGAAGGAAUGGCGCCAUGCUUUGAAAGAAAUCAGCAACUUAGCAGGAUGGGACUCACAGUCACGGAAUAUCGAGUCUGAGUCCGAACUAGUUGAGGAAAUAGUAAAUAUUGUUUUGGAGAAAUUAAAUCACACCUUUAAAGGUGACUAUGAGGAUAAUGAUUUAGUUGGAAUUGAAUUGCGUGUGCAGAUAAUGGAAGAAUUACUAUUUUCUGAAUCAAUAAAUGAUAAACGAGUUGUAGGAAUUUGGGGGAUGGGAGGUAUUGGAAAGACAACUCUUGCUCAAGAAGUAUUUCAUCGAAUCAAGGCUAAAUUUGACAGUCACUGCUUUGUUGCCAAUGUUAGAGAAGAAAUAAUGAAGCAAACAUCAAAUGCUUUACGAGGUAAAAUCUUUCGUCAAUUGUUAGGAGAGAAAGAUGGAUAUAUAGAUACACCUCGUUUGGGGGCUUUCAUGAGGAGAAGACUUCAAAGUAAAAAAGUACUCAUUGUCUUUGAUGAUGUAGAUGAUCCAAACGAGUUAAAGUUUUUAGGUGGAAUUUGUGAUUGGUGCAAUAUGGGAAGUAGAAUAAUUAUAACCAGCCGAGAUAGGCAAACACUUAUAAAUGUUUGCUUUGAGGAGCAUAUAUAUGAGGUUGAAGAAUUAAUUGAUCAUGAAGCUCUCCAUCUCUUUAGCUUAUAUGCCUUCAAACAAGAUCAUCCCAAAGAAGGAUAUGAGAAGCUAUCGGAGAUGGCAAUAAGAUAUGCUAAAGGCAAUCCGUUGGCUCUUAGAGUUUUAGGCUCUAAUAUGUAUAGUAAGGGUAUAGAAGAUUGGGAAAGUGAGUUGAAAAAAUUGAAAGAAAUUCCUGAUUUGAACAUUCAAAAAGUCUUGAGAAUAAGUUAUGAUAACCUAGAUCGUUAUCAAAAAAGUAUAUUUCUUGAUAUUGCAUGUUUCUUUAAGGGGGAGCCUAGAGGUCGAGUUGAGAGAAUACUAGAUGCUUGUGGUUUAUCUGCAAGAAGUACAAUAGGUCGUCUAAUUGAUAAAUCUCUCAUAACCAUUUCAUUAAACAAUGUUGUUGGUAUGCAUGACUUGUUGCAACAAAUGGGCAAGGAAAUUGCUUAUGAGGAAUCCAAACAACCUGGAGCAAGCAUCAGGUUAUGGAAUUACAAUGAUAUUUGUCGUGUAUUGUCAACAGAAACGGUGAGGACUAAAUUAGAGCAGUUUCUUGUUUCAUUUUUCUUAUAUUUGAGUUUUGUAAGAACUGUAGUUCUCAUAUGGAAUUAAGUGACAGAUAAUAAUCUUUUGUUGUUAUUUUAUUAGGGAACUCAAAAUGUUGAAAGCAUAUUACUUAACA